GUGAAAACGGGUCCAGCCAUUUAUUAUAGACAUUUAUUUAUAUUAUAUACUUUUAUAUACAGUCAAUGAUUUAAAUGAUUCAUUUAAACAACCAAAGUGCACACCGAUUCACGGAUACACACUCCGGUGAUGGAGGACAGAGCUGGAGAUGCGUCACCAACACUGGAACCUGCACAUGGACUACAAGUUCCACCCUCCAAUGACACGCCUCCUCCUGAUGAACUUCAGACCAGAGAGGACUUAUUGCUACAUUACCGUCACCUGAGCCUGGACCCGAACACAGCGUACAGAGAGCUGCUUCUGUCCGAGAGCGACAGAAAGGUAGAGCUCACAGACUCGGUCCAGUCGUACCCUGAACACCCAGACAGGUUCUCCCACCGCUUCCAGGGCCUGUCAGGAAGCUGCUACUGGGAGGUGGAGUUCGAGGGGUCGGUUGAAGUAGCGGUGGCGUACAAAGGCCUUGGAAGGUCAGAUUAUUAUCACGAGUGUGCGUUUGGCUGCAACGACAAAUCCUGGAGUUUAGACUUAAACGUGAACAGAGAGUGUUUCAGACACAACGACCAGGAGACCUCGGUGCCGGAGUCCCAGUCCUCCACAGUGGGUGUGUACCUGGAUUAUGAAGCAGGUUCUCUGACCCACUACUGCGUCUGUGACACGACGCUGCAGCUGAUGCACCGAGUCGAGACCACGUUCACCGAGCCGCUCUACCCCGGGCUGUGGGUCGCAGGCAGUGCCCGGCUGUGUGACCUGACGUCCAGCCAACAAGUGGGACGUCUCGGAUGUGCAGCAGCGGGGAUGGGAUGUUGAUUUCAGAAGGAGUGUGACACAAAACAUCAAGGCUGCUCGUUGAUCAUGCAAAGAUUGAUUUAGAAAUCCAAAAAAGUAAUAAUGUAUCCAUGGCCGUACGAGAAAUUAAAUUCUGAAAUAUUUGAACAACUAUUGAAUUGAUAGCCAACACACUUUAAUAUGUAUAAUAUUUAAUUUAGUGUAUUUUAUUUGAGAAGUAAAAACUAUAGUAAAAAAACACUUUAAUAGAAUUAUAACAGAUUAGGGCUUUAUCUGAUUGUAAUUCAGAUAUUAACUAAUAAAAGUGUCACUGGGCACUUUGUUUAAAAAGUACAUAUACAUUUAUAUAUAUGUUUUGAUGCAAAACAAAAAAAAUGUAUUAAAGCCUCUAUGUGGUUACAUAUGAUAUGAAUAAAUCAAACUUGAUGUCAUUGCAGGAUGUCUGAGUGUCUGUGUCCUACAGGAACAACACAAGUUCAAGACAAUGUGAGGCGACCUGAGCACAAAUAUAAUGAUAGUACACAGACCACAAUUGAAAAUGCGUUAAUAUGGAGGUUUAUUACAACAUUAAAGUUUCAGAACAAUUACAUCACUUGAGUUAUAUUUUUGACACUUGCCUUCAAAAUA